GCAGUGAUGGAGGACGGAGAGGGUCUGGACCUGAUUAAACUCACCACAGACAAGCUCUCGGUCGACGCCGCGUCAGAAUCAGUCACAUGUUCCUCCUGUGGGGCCGUUUCAUUAUUCAUCGGAACCACCAGAGAUCAUUUUGAAGGAAAGAAGGUCAUCCAGCUGGAGUAUGAGGCGUACGCGCCGAUGGCGGAGUCGGAGAUGAAGAAAAUCUGCGUGGAGAUGAGGAGAAGAUGGCCGACUGUCCGGCACGUCUGCAUCCAUCACCGGCUCGGUGUGGUUCCCGUGACUGAGGCCAGUGUGAUUAUCGGAGUUUCCUCACCUCACCGCAGUGACUCUCUGAAAGCCGUAAAGUACGGAAUAAACGCUCUCAAAUCCUCCGUCCCCAUCUGGAAGAAGGAGAUCUAUGAAUCAGAGGAGCCACGCUGGAAAGAGAACAGUGAGUGUCUGUGGGCAGGAAGUCGGGCCGAGAGAAAAACGCCUUGACCUUUGGACUGUGAUGAUCUCUGGAGCUUUAAUGUCGAGGCGGGAACAAGAGCCGACAGUCUGUGAGUGAGAUGUGGCUUUGUUCUUAUUUUAACAUGACUCAAGCAAUAUUAAAACAUAUAAAAUAAGAACAAUUCAGAGAUACGUAAAAUGUAAAUAAAUAUACUGCUAGGGUGAGAACUAUACAUACGCAUUUGUGAAACUAAAUCUUGUAUUGCAUUGUAAAAAAAAAAAGUGUAUAUUCUUAGCUCUUUAUACAAAUUUCUCUCUGGAGUGAUCAAGUGUGCUCUGAUUUAAAGAAAUAAAACACCAAGUGCUGUUUUAACUCA